GCCGACCAGUUGUUUUGUUUGUCUCUGUUCAAGAUUUCCGAGCGGAAACUCAGCAGGAACCAACAGUUCUUAAAAUUACUCUUAUUGGAUUAUUAAUUUAAUUUAUCAAAAAGUGACCUCCUUAAACUCGUGCAAAUGAUCUGACAACCGACAUGGCAAUUGAGUUGCCAUGUCAUCUUAAUUGUUUCAAAAACACUGACCUAAUAGUGGUAAUGCCAGAGUAUCAACAGUUUGUUGUGAUUUAUACCACAGCUUCAAAUCAUAAUUCCAAUCCGUAGAACGAAAGGGAAAGACAAUGUUGCGCAUUUUAUUUAUUUCCGUGCCACUCGCACUCUUCUUUUUGGAGAUUUCAGCGACGACUCACUGGAUUGUCACCGAAACAGGAAAAAUUCAAUCAAAAGACGACACGAUGUUCGACAUGAAGAAUCCUGAUGAUCUUUUGGGAUUUUUGGAGCUGGAGAAAAAAGUGGCGUCGAUUGAAAAUCUGACAAGGCUGGUGGCGAAGAGGGCCAGGUUUGCUGAGGACAAUGACAAAGUUUACUUUGGCGAAAAUCAACCAAUUGAGUGCAAAAAAGCAAUUCCAAUCGAAGACUGCAACUUUUACCAAAGCUCUUCGUUGAUCACAAAGGAAUCUGAGACCCUGUUGCAAGGCUACGUGGAAAGUGUCGACAAGUUCCCAGAGUGCGCCGCGCUGAACUUCAGUCUCAAUUUCUACGAACACCUCCCCGCCAUGCAAGAAAGGCUGUUGCUCAAAAUGAAUCCUGAGAGAGCAGUUCUGCCAACUGCCAAACUGGACAUGUUCGGAAAGCGGGUGGCUGCCCACCUCAAGGCGAACCAAACCAACUGGCAACUGUACAACCUGGCCACCCUCUUUUGGAGGGCCAAAGGCGAGCCUGUGAAGGCCGUGAAUUGCAUUCGGCAGGCACUGCUGCGCUCGCCGUCAUCGUACAAGCACGUCAGUCUUCUGCAUCUCGGCAACGUCUUCCACCAGUCAAAACGGUCCGUCGAGGCGGCGAUAAUUCUGCACGCAGCCAUCGACCACUCGUCGGACGAACCUGAAUCUCACUGGACCCUGGGCAACAUUUACUCGGUUCUCGGCGACUACCAACGGGCCAUCAUGUGCUACAAGAACGCCCUCAGACUGGACAAGAGUCUCCCCAUCGUGGAAAAAAAUCUGCUGGCCGUCGAGUGUCACGUGUCGGUCAACCAAGCGCUGUCGGAAGUGAUGGAGCGGCUGCAGGAACUGCUCAGCGAUCUGGAGGAUGCGAAACUGCUCAAGCAGCAGAGGUCUCGCAUUGAGAGUCUGGUCCACAAGUACAAGUCCAUCACGAACAUCGCCGAGAGGAAUUUCGGUACCGAGGUUGGCAACAGGAUCAUGGACUUGGACGACAGGCUCAAGAGCCUCGUGGACAUGGUUAAAACUCUGUCGGAAAACAUGGAUUUUGAAAAGAGGGUUCUGACCAAACUCAACCCCCAGGAGGGAGAGUGCCUUUUCUUAGAGGAAAUAGACGCUGCUGUUCUCUACUCGUCUUUUGAACACAGAAUAAGUGACAUUUUAAACGAGGGCCUGAAUCUGAAAAAGGGUGAAAAUCACCCCCUGCCAUGGCAUCCUCCCAUGUGCGAAGAAGACUUCCGAAAAAAGUUCCCGCAAAUUCCCAAUAAUGUUAUGAACAAUUUUUUGUCCCCCGGCAAAUCAAACAAGCUGAAAGCACAACCUUCCCUGAUGAAUCAUCUGCGUGAGUUCGUCGAUGCAGAACUUGAAGCGGACGAAGAGCUCGGCCAGAGGAUUCAUGCUGCUCUUGAAAAGGAGCUUGGACCUCGACAUCUCCUGCGUGCGUUUGCCGGUCUCUACUGGUACGCCCGUGGAGAACUUCGGCUCGCCACAAAAUGCUUGCUUUCCUCGCUGCUCGUGUGCCCUGAGGACGAGUCGGUGAUUCCUCUCACUGCAAUGUCCUCGAUGCUGAUGAGCAUGGGCCUGUCAGAAGGAGCGUUGUACUUAGCCUUGCGCGGCAUCGAGUCGAACAUGAGCGACGUCGGGUGUAACGUGCUUCUCUCGUCGCUCUACCUGCUGCGGGACGACCUUAAAAAUGCCAAACUGCACCUGCAGCAGGCCUUUCUCAACAGACCACACGGUCAUUUAAGAUCAGUUGCUCACAAUAUCGAGUGCCAUAUAAGAAAACUUAACCAUGACAAAGAUUUUUGCGAAAGCAGAGUUGAAAACGGAAGUGAUGGUGAUGAUUAUUCAUCCAAGCCAAAUCUAGAUCAGUGUAUUAAAGUGACCAAGAAUAAAUGAUAGUCAUUAAAAAUCUCA